AUGGAGCAGAUCUUGAGACAAUUUUGGGUGCUUUUGAGCACGAAGCUGGUCUACGGAAGUGCCCUGGUCGUUGGAACCACUUUGUCCUUUGAUACUCUUUCGGCUCUUCAGACUAUUCAUACCAAGUCCGCCAAUUUGUUCAAGGGCGAUGAGUUCUAUGGUCUUUUGGAUGGCGGGCCGGAAGGCGGCCAGAGCCUCCAAAUGACACAGGACAACGAAGAACACGCGGCUCGUCGCAAGGUCCUAGAUCGGAUGAUGCCAUCUCGCGAGCGGGCUUUCCGCAUCAUCAAUGACCUGGCGAAGCAAUUUGCGGCCGCUGCGUGGAACGAAGCCAAUGUGAAUGAUGGUCUCCUUGACAUCAACAAGGCAGCGUCCUGGUUUGGGUUUGACGUGAUAAGCACUAUCGCUUUUGGCAAGCCGUUGAACAUGCUUCACUCACCCGACUUUCGCUGGGUGCCCAAAUGCUUACAGUACGCUAGCACAUUCUUGUACUGGGCAGGCUUUGCGAGGUCCUUGCAGGUUAUGCGUUGGUUCAUGGGCAGUGAUUGGCCUUCCCGGCUGGGAAUGGGAGAUGCUGUUGAGGCACAAAGAUAUCAAGACCUCGCUGAAAGCCAAGUCAAACAGAGAGCCGACAGAAUGGCCGAUGAGAAGGCUCUAGGGAACGGGCCUGAAGAUCUAUUCGGGCGUCUCAUCCAAGCAAACCUAUACAGCGAUAUUGACCUGAGAGCCGACAGCUCUCUGCUCAUUGCGGCGGGAAGUGAUGCUGUGAGAUUGACUAUUGGAGCUACUCUGUUUUACUGGGGCCGACACCCAGAAGCCUUUGAGAAAGCAAAACAAGAGAUACGCAGCUGUGUCGAUGACCCGGACCGCGUCACAGAUGGCCUUUUGAGCUCGCUCAAGUACCUCCGUGCGUGUCUCGACGAGACGAUGCGGCUCACUCCACCGGUAGCCAGCAGCGUGCCCAGAGAGGUCGACCAAGGAGGCAUCAUCGUGGAUGGUAUACCAGUGCCGGCAGGCAUGUCGGUAGGAACAUCAACCUAUGCGAUGCACCGCAAUCCUGCCAUAUUCCCGCGCCCCGACGAGUAUGUCCCUGAGCGCUGGCUAGAGAGGCCGAUUGACCCCAAGACCAUAGCCGCCUUCAACCCAUUUUUGAAGGGGCCCCGGGCCUGCCCCGGAAAGAUGAUUGCUUACCUUGCCAUGCAUGCAGGGUUGUUUCAUCUCGUUUACAACUACGAUCUAGUUGUAAGGGACGAAGGUAUUGAGCAUAAGAGGACCAUGUCGAAAUUGGGGUACACUGGAAUAAGAGGGGAUGAAUACCCUAUACACGAUUGCAUUCUUGGGUAUGCAGAGGGUCCAAUGGUGGAGUUGUGUCCAAGGGCCCUGUGA